AUGGACAAUGUUCACAUAGAAAAAAAUAUAGAUGUUGAACAAAAGAUAGAUCUUAUUCCAAAGAAUCAAGAAAUAAAUAAUUAUAAAGGUUACAUACUUUUAUCAAAGAAAGAUGAAUAUGGUUUUUAUUAUACUUUUAAAAAUUUAGAUGGCAAUAUUAUUAAAUAUUACUAUGAAAAUGAUAACUAUAAAUUUAACAAGAAAUUAUCUAAAAUUGAGGAAAUUCCAAUCUGGUUCAGAUCAUUAUCCAGAUAUCUAAAAUCAUGGAACUUUGAUGAUGUUACACAAUUGACAGGUAAAAUAGAAAUAGAUAAAAAUGAAGAGGAAAUAAUUAGAAACAUUGUUAUUAAUUCUAUGACUGAUGAUAUGGAAAAUUUUGACUUGGAUGAAAAAUCAGGUAUUGAAGCUAUUUUGUUUAUUAAACAGCUACUAGGUGAAGAAUUCCCUAGAAGAGUUAAGGACAGAAUGUGGAAAGAACUGAUUGUUGAUGAGUUCUGUACUGAACCAGAAAGGAUUACCAAGGAAUUUAUGUACAUGGUGAACUUAGAGAAAUGGAGCCAUGUAAAAGAUGAUUUCUAUAGAAUAAAUGAUAACUUUUUAAAAACAAAAAUUGAAGAAUCAUUAACAAAAAACGUAAAACAAGAAAUGAUUAACAAUUUUUUAACCGGUAAAUUAAAAGGUGACUUAAGGCAAUUGAAUGUUGAACAAUAUAUAAAAGCAAUUCGGGAUUCAAUUAGAUUGAUGAAUAUAGAAUACUGUGAAUCAAAAAAUUUAACCCGUAUUGAAAAAGAAGAUGUAUUAACUGUAAUUCGUGUUUACAUUAUGCCAAAAAUUGUAGAAAAAUCAAUAAUAACAAUACUUACUUGA